AUUUUGCUGUUAAUAGUAUAUUAUACCAGCGUGGUAUAUACCCCGCGGAGAGUUUCAAGCGUAAAGAUGCUUUCGGUAUUCCUCUUUUGGUUACCACAGACAACGAGCUUGACGAGUAUCUCAUAUUAAUGCUCGAUCAAAUUAAAGUCUGGCUCAAUUCUAAUUCCUUAAAGCGCCUGGUUCUUGUGGUUAAAAAUGCGCAAUCUGGUGAUGUUAUCGAAAGGUGGCAAUUUGAGGUUAAUUGUCACUCGGAUCAUCAAGAAAGUGCCUCAAAAGUCAAAGAUGUACAAAUUAGAAAUGAAAUUGGUGCAGUUCUGAGGCAGAUCUUUGCAGUGGUUUGCCUCCUUCCUAUAAUAGAUUCCGCAUGUAAGCUCACAACAUUUAUAUAUUUAUAUUCCUUAAUUUGUUUACCUAUUGAAAUCCAUCAGUAUACUAGUCAUUUUGCCCAUAUUUAG